UGUGAUAAUAGUUAAACAGACACAGUUGAAGUUGAGCAGUUAAGAAAAGAACAUUAAUAGUUAAGAGUUAAGAAAGAAAUUUAUAAAGUUUUAUAAAAGAUCAUUUUAAAAUCUUACGAACAGUUAAAGUGUUUUGAUUUAAAAACAAAAAAAGUUAAUAAAAAAUUAAAAACAACAUGUUUUCCUUACAAAAAGUGUUUGUGCUAUUGGCUGUUUUGGCUUUAACUCAUGCUGUGUUUGGUGAUGAUACUAUUCAAGACCUUAAUCUUUGUAAAUCGCAAUACAAUGGAGCCAUAUUGCCCCAUAAUAAUAAUUGUCAGAAAUUCUAUAUCUGUAUCAACCACAAGCCCUACGAAUACAAUUGUGAUCCUUCAUUCCACUUUGAUCCCAUAACACGCACCUGCAAAGCUGGUACUAACUGUGGAACCGAUUUUAACAAACCAGCCUCAUGUGUUGAUGGUACAAUUAAACCCAUACAAGACGAUUGUUUUAUCUUUGAGGCUUGCGUUAAGGGACAAUUCCAGAAAAUCAGCUGCCCACCCAAUUACUAUUUUAAUGCUCAGCAAGCCAUCUGUGUACCCUAUCAAAAUGAUGCUGAAUUCAAAUGUAACUGCCUAAUGCCGGAACACACUGUCAUGGAGAAUGUAAACAACUGUGAGACUUAUUAUGUUUGCCGUUCUAAAAAUGCUAUUUUGGAAAAUUGUCCUUUGGAUCAAUACUACAAUUCGCAGCUUAAUGCCUGUAUUACCGAUUUGGAAGGAGUCUGUUUAAUGAAACCCACCAUGACACCCGAACUAGAGGAAGAAUUGAAAGUUAGCCAUUUAGAUAAAAUGGCAGGAAAUGAUGUACAAACCACUUGUGCUAAAUUAGGUUUGGAGGGUAUACAUUUCCAAACUUUACCCAAAGAAUGUAAUACAUUCUAUUUGUGUGUCAAUGGCCAGCUGUAUACACAACAUUGUCCCGAAGACUUUUACUAUGAUAGUGAGAAACAAUACUGUAUACUUGAUAGCUUAAACAAAUGUUCUAAAACAACUGAUAUUCAGACACCUUUAACUAUGCAGCAGGAAAUCAUAGAAAGUCCUAAGUUAUUUGAACAAAACAAAUUAUUUUCAAAAUUUAUUAAAUUUUAAAUAAAUGGUAAUACAUAAAAUAUUUUAAAGCAGAA